AUGUCUGUCGCUCCCGCAGGACCCCCGGCCGAGGAGGGCAAGAUGCUCAGCGAGUCUCUGAGCACCGUCAAGAUUCAGGUGCAGCAGAUGAAGAGACACCUCGAGCUUGACCAGCUCAUGGACGCUCUCAAGAGCGCGAGUCUCAUGUUGGCCGAGCUCCGUACCUCCUCGCUAUCACCCAAGCAAUACUACGAGCUCUACAUGGCUGUCUUCGACGCCCUCCGUCAUUUAUCCAAUUAUCUAUACGACGCGCACGUCCAGGACCGAAACCACCUCGCCGACCUCUACGAACUUGUACAAUAUGCUGGCAACAUCGUCCCCCGCCUCUACCUCAUGAUCACCGUCGGCUCAGUGUACAUGUCUAUCCCAGACGCACCUGUGAAGGAGGUGAUGAAGGACAUGCUGGAGAUGUCGCGCGGUGUGUUGCAUCCUAUCAGGGGACUCUUCUUGCGGCAUUACCUCAGCGGACAGACGAGGGACCAUCUGCCAAUUGGCGACGACCCAGGUCCCAAGGGCAACUUGCAAGACUCGAUCACGUUCGUGCUCACCAACUUCAUCGAGAUGAACAAACUCUGGGUGCGCCUGCAGCACCAGGGCCACUCAAGAGACCGCGAGAAGCGUGAGAUGGAGCGGCGGGAACUGCGAAUCCUCGUCGGCACGAAUCUCGUUCGUCUUAGCCAGCUCGACGGCGUGGACCUCGACAUGUACCAGACCCACAUUCUCCCCAGCAUCCUCCAGCAAAUUGUUGUCUGCAAGGAUGUGAUUGCGCAGGAGUACCUGAUGGAGGUCGUUAUCCAGGUCUUCCCCGACGAGUUCCACCUCUACACUCUCGGCCCCUUCCUCUCCGCGACGGCUCAGCUGCAUCCGAAAGUCAACAUAAAGUCGAUUGUGAUCGCGCUCAUUGAUCGGUUGGCGGCGUAUGCGGCGCGCGAAGCAGAGAGCGAGGACCCGGAGGAGACGAAGCGACAAGAAGAGGCGGCGGCGCGCCGUCUGGCCGACAAGGUGAAAGCGGCUCGCGACUAUCGGCAAGCAAACGGGACUGGGGUCUCGUCUCCGACCACCGAGGCUCCAACGAUGUCGAAUGAGUGGGGCUCGCCACCGACAAGUCCAGUCGUUGCUCAGACGCCUGAGAAGGCCGAACCUACUCCACUAACACCCAACGGCGCGGCAGAGGAUGUUGAGAAGGACGGGAAGGGUAAAGAGAAGGAGGCGAGCAAGGAGGGUGAGGCCUCGGAGGCAGUGAAGAAGUUCAGAGGCGUUCCGGAGAAUGUGCAGCUAUUCGAAGUCUUUUGGCACCAAGUUGUUGAGCUUAUCAAGGCCAGGCCAGAUCUGUCAAUACAAGACAUUACUGCUCUGCUCGUCUCUCUGACGAAUCUUUCAUUGAGCUGCUACCCAGACCGGCUCGAAUACGUCGAUCAGAUUCUCGGCUUUGCCGCGGAAAAGAUCAAAGAGUUCACGGAUAGCCCCGACCUUCACCAUCCUCAAACAACGGCGAACCUCUCGGCUCUCCUCAAUGCACCCAUCAACUCCUACCAGUCGGUUCUCACUUUACUUGCGCUGCAGCGCUACACCACUCUCCUUCAACAACAACCAUACUCAACACGUCGAACGCUCGCUCAUUCCCUCAUCUCAUCUGUGCUCAAAAACGAGACGGUCAUCGAGACACCGGAGGAUGUCAACGGCAUUCUCGAACUCUGUCAUGUCCUCAUUCGCGAUCAGCAAGACGCGGGCACCGGGCCAGGUGCUCAAUCCAUGAUGAACAAGGACCCAAGGAGAGGCCCGUACGACCAGCAGCGGGAAGAGAUGGCGGAAGAACAGGGAUGGGUUGCUCGCAUGAUCCACUUGUUCCGCUCAGACGACCUUGGUGUUCAGCUCGAGAUUCUUCAAUCUGCUCGGCGGCAUUUCGAGACCGGCGGAGAGCGCAUGCGUUAUACCUACCCCGCCCUCAUCACCUCUGCGAUCAAGCUCUGCCGGAGAUACAAGAAUCGAGAGCACCUCGAGGACGACUGGCAGUCGAAGGUGCAGAUUGUCCUCAAGUUUGUCCGUCAGCUCAAUUCGAUCCUCUCCGCGACCGUCGACGCGCCAGCGAUCGCACUCCGGCUGUUCCUCCUCGCGGCGCAGAUUUCGGACGAGUGCGGGUUCGAGAACCUGACGUACGACAUGUACGUCGACGCGUUCACCGUGUACGAGGACAGCAUCUCCGAGAGUCGCGCCCAACUGCAGGCGAUCACGCUCAUCAUCGGCACACUCCAAGGCGCGCGGGUGUUCAGCGAAGACAACUAUGACACGCUUAUCACUAAGGCGGCCCUGCACGGCUCGAAGCUGCUCAAGAAGCCACACCAGGCGAGCGCGGUCAACCUCGCGAGCCAUUUGUGGUGGCAGGAGGUCCCGGCCGAGGAGGAGACGGCCGAGAAGGAGAAGAAGGAUAAGGAAAACGGCACGACUGAGGACGGAGAAAAGAAGUCGGUGAGUCGGGUUAUCCAGUAUCCCCUGCAGGACAGCAAACGUGUACUGGAGUGCCUCCAGAAGGCACUUCGUAUCGCCAACUCCGCGACAGAAGAGAUAAUCACCGUCCAGCUCUAUUGUGAUACCCUGGACCAGUACAUCUACUACCUCGACCGCGGCGCACCGGCUGUGACCCCCAAGUUCGUGAACAGCCUUGUUGAGCUCAUCACUUCCUCGAUCGACAACAUUGUGUCCCCCGACGUGCACCCCGCGCAACGCGCGCCGCCGGGUCUACUCGAAGGCGUGCAGACACCCGAGAUGAUCUCCCGCCACUUCCGCAACUCGCUUAUGUACAUUCAGACGAAGAAGGCCGCAGCCGCAGCCGCAGCGGAGAGCGAGCCCGCGAACGAGACCAUGGCGCGUUGGGACGACGUCGACGUCGUCGGCGCGCUGCUCAAGAUGGGCAUCCCGACGCGGUGA